UGAGAUUAGUCUGUUAUCGUGUCAUUUUCCACUUCACAAACAUUCAUUUCUUCAAAAUUAAAAGUUUAAUUGUCCAAAAUCCUUGGUAUGGGGAUGUAGUAUCUGUUUGAAAUGCAUUUAUGUCAAUUUUUACGACCCAUAUUCAAAUUCAAGAAAACUGGAGAAUUCAUACGAACUGUUUACGACUUUUUUGUAAAAGGAUACUUUCCUAUUCCCACAAAAAGUCUAGAAGAUGCGACGCUGAAUACAACGAAGAUUUUUUCCAGGAACAGGCCGGCAAUCCUGCGAUGUGGCUUUCAGCAGGCGAGGCGAGUAGCCAAAGCUACGAAGACAUUGCUGACAGACUUCAGGUAGAUGUAAGACAUGGUCUGAGUUGGCAAGAAGCUACACGUAGAAGACAGAUAGUCGGUUAUAAUGAAUUUUCAGUCAAAGAUGAAGAUCCACCUUGGAAAAAAUACCUCGAACAGUUUAAAAAUCCUCUUAUUUUACUUCUUCUAGCUUCGGCACUCGUCUCAGUAUGUAUGAAACAAUUCGACGAUGCGAUCAGUAUUACCGUAGCCAUAGUCAUCGUCGUAACAGUCGCUUUUGUCCAAGAGUACCGAUCCGAAAAAUCUCUACAAGAACUCACCAAACUCGUGCCACCGUCUUGUCAUUGUUUAAGGGAGGGUUCUCCUGACAGUUUUCUUGCCCGCGAGUUGGUACCAGGUGACAUCGUUUAUCUCAAUGUCGGCGAUCGAGUGCCGGCCGAUUUGCGAUUGUUUGAGUCCGUCGAUUUGAUGAUCGAUGAGAGUAGUUUUACUGGUGAGACAGAACCGGCGAGGAAAAAUGUCGCUUCAGUGUUGCGUCCAAAUGGGGCGCAUUCUUCUAACACUAACAUUGCAUUUAUGGGGACGCUUGUCCGCUGCGGAAACGGCAAAGGAAUUGUUGUUAGUACGGGAUCCAACAGCGAAUUCGGUUCGGUGUUUAARAUGAUGUUGGAGGAAGAGGCGCCGAAAACGCCUCUGCAGAAGUCGAUGGACAGUUUGGGUGCUCAAUUGUCUAUUUACUCGUUCGGUAUUAUAGGUUUAAUUAUGUUGGUUGGAUGGCUGCAAGGCAAAGCAAUAAUGGAGAUGUUUACGAUUGGCGUGAGUUUGGCAGUGGCAGCAAUUCCAGAAGGGUUACCAAUUGUCGUGACGGUAACACUGGCAUUGGGCGUAAUGCGAAUGGCUAAAAGGAACGCUAUUGUAAAGAAACUACCAACUGUUGAAACGCUGGGUUGUGUCAAUGUGAUAUGUUCUGAUAAAACAGGCACUAUAACUCGUAACGAAAUGACCGUUACAGUACUAGUAACAGCUGACGGUUACAUCGCCGAAUUAACAGGUGCCGGCUACAACGACCACGGCCAAGUAUUGUUACACAAAUGUGAUUCUUCAGACAGGGCUAGGGAUAGUGUAUAUAAAUUAUUAGAGGUAGGAGCUGUUUGCAAUAACGCUGUUAUUCAUAACGAAACUUUACUGGGCCAACCGACCGAGGGCGCUUUGAUCGCCGCUGCAAUGAAACACGGAAUGUACAAUGUCGCAGACCGGUACGUCAGAGUUCAAGAAUAUCCGUUCACGUCUGACCAAAAAAUGAUGGCCGUCAAAUGCAUAUCGAAAUAUGAUAACGACAAAGUCGAGAUAUUUUUUGUCAAAGGUGCCAUCGAGAAAAUACUACCAAAAUGUACGAAAUUCAGUUGGAACGGUGGAACGCAAAGUCUCACCAGCAAGAAAGAGCAAGACUUUAUUGCAGAAGCUCAUGAAAUAGGCAGGAAGGGUUUAAGAGUCAUUGCGAUGGCUCGUGGCCCCACUUUGCAAGACUUGACUUAUAUGGGAAUUGUGGGUAUUUGUGACCCACCGCGACCUCUGGUCAGAGAAGCUAUCACUACUCUCUCUCAGUCUGGAGUGCAAGUGAAGAUGGUUACUGGAGACGCUGAAGAUACAGCAGUUGCUAUUGCUCAGACGAUAGGAUUGGAAACUUUGCCCUCUCAGGUGUUAUCGGGCGAACAACUUGAUAUGUUUACUGAAACCGAUUUGGAUGCUGCAAUACCUCAUGCUACAGUUUUUUAUCGAGUAUCACCGAAAAAUAAGUUAGCAAUUGUCAAGUCGUUACAGAGGACUGGUCAUAUCGUGGGGAUGACCGGUGAUGGGGUAAAUGAUGGUGUAGCACUUAAAAAAGCCGACAUUGGAAUUGCCAUGGGCAAAAAUGGGACAGAUGUGUGUAAAGAAGCCGCCGAUAUGAUACUCGUCGAUGAUGAUUUUUACACAAUUAUAGCUGCAAUUGAAGAGGGCAAAAGCAUAUUCUACAACAUCAGAAAUUUUGUCAGGUUUCAAUUAUCUACAUCUAUUGCGGCUUUAUCAUUAAUCGCAUUAGCAACUUUAAUGGGAAUUCCCAAUCCUUUAAAUGCCAUGCAAAUUUUGUGGAUUAACAUAAUAAUGGACGGUCCUCCAGCCCAAAGUUUGGGCGUAGAACCUGUUGAAAAAGACGUUGUUAAACAAAAACCUCGAAAUACUAAAGAACCGAUGAUUACAAAGAAACUAAUUGGAAACGUCUUACUUUCCGCCUUAUUUAUAAUAGCGGGAACUUUGUGGGUUUUCAAAAAAGAGAUGAGUUCGGAGGGUAUUACAGCGCGCGAUACAACAAUGACGUUCACUUGUUUCGUAUUUUUCGACAUGUGGAACGCUUUGUCUUGCCGAUCUCAAACGAAAAGUGUUUUCCAGAUCGGUUUGUUCUCCAAUAAAAUGUUUUUAGUGGCAGUUACACUUUCUGUAAUUGGACAACUUCUAGUUGUUUAUUUUCCACCUUUGCAGCGAAUAUUUCAAACCGAAGCUCUUACAUUAUGGGAUAUGAUAUUUUUAACUACACUAACAUCUUCAGUUUGGGUCUUUUCCGAAAUAAAGAAACUGAUUGAGCGGCUUCUCGAACAGCGAGGGAAAGGCAAACGAUCUCCUUUGGAAUAUGUAUGACAUAAGGGGGGGCCUGGGGCGAAGUCCCGCUGCUAUUAGCUGCCUCUUCAACUUUCCCCCCUUUAGAUAGGCCCCCUUAGAAUGUGCAAAAAUCUGAUUUGUCUAUUGACCUGAGUAACGAUUUUCUACACAUCGUUUUUUUACAUAAGGAAAAAUCUACUUACAACUUACGACAAAAUAAGAUGGUUUUCAUCUGAUCAAGAAAACUGUUCUAAUUUCUUUAUAGAAAGCAAGACCUAAAAUAAAUUUAUUUAAGUCAAAGAGUGUGUUCCAAUUAAGGAUAAUUUGUCUGUCGAAAAUUGAUCACGGAUUGAGAUGACAAGAACAAUCUCAUAAUCAUGUAGAAUAGUAUGUGUAUGUGUUAGCUUUCGUAAAAUAUUCAAGAUGUGUAUGUGUGUUACCACCAGUUGCUUUAGGAGUUAGCAUUUUUAUUUCAAUCAUUUGCACAUUUUAAUGGACCAAUUUAUGAUUUUUUGCAGCUAAUAGAUGUUAUUCCAAUUUGUUUUCUCAGGCUGAAGUUUUAUGUGUUAUUUUCAUACAAGUUUAUGAGGGUAUAUACUUGAUAUCUAAAUUUACAAGAAUGUAGUAAAGGGAACAAUUUAGCUUUAUUGUUACAAUUUACCCAGUCCCUUUUUCAAAUUUAUUUAUACAAAAUAGAAUUUUUAGAUUUGUUAAGUGAGUUUUUUACAAAACAUAUUCAUGACAGGAGGUUGUGCUACUUAUACAAUUUUAUUUCAAUCAAAAAUAUAUAUAUCGACGUCGAUUCAUCUUUACAUGUGUGUACAUUUAUAUCUACACUUUUGUACUCCCAAAUUGAGCCAUUCCUGUACUCUGUGGCAUUUCACUUUUAGAAAUUACACAAUAUUUGAAACUUUGUAAUCAAGUUUAUCAUUGAGCUUUACAGUUUGUGUUGUGCUGCUAGGUGUAUAAGUAGAUGAUGUGUGUAAUGUUCAAUAUAGCACGUAUAAGUACUUUUACAUUUUAAGUGUUAAAACAUCUGCAAGUACUUUUCGAUAGUUCUGUGAUACACUAAAUAUAAUUAAAUUUAAGUAAGGUUUCAACAUGCUUGUGCUUGUUCUGUUAUGUUUCAAAUGUGUAAGAGUAUUUAAAACGUUGUUCAUUUUUGUAACAUUUCAAAUAUAAUUUAUAUUUAUUAUGAUUGCGAAUUUAACAAUUUUAUAGAAAGGUUCCACUUUCAAAAUUAUUUCAUGUUUGAUGUCUACUUUAUUUAUUUUCAUUUAGUAGGAAAUUUGCGUUGUACACUACACUUUCUGAUAUUAAAUUAAUUUUUUAAAAUAUUUUUUUUAACUUCCCUGUUGUAAACGACCAUUAAAAAAUCAUAAUAAAAAAGACGCAAUAUUUUUAAUUUUGUAUUUUGUGAAUAUUUGUGUAAUGCUGAUGAUCAAGAAGAAUCCUAAGAAUUCAAUCUUUUCUGAGCAGUUAAAUAAAUUAUACAUGAAGAAAAGGAAUAAAAUUUUUGUCCGAAAACGAAUGGAUUUUCAGUAAUUAUCUAAUUGUUUGUGUUCAUUUGAUAUUAUCUCACACGAUUUUGUAUUGAUACGUUUUAAGAAUUAACAAAAAUAAAGAGUUUGAAUGCAA